AUGCCCGAGCAGGAGGAGAGUAGACAGCAGCUCACCGCCAUUGCCGGUCCGCCGCGAGACCUCACCGACGUGUCACGAGCUGUGCUGCGCAGCGAGCAGGCCAAAAGAUGGACCAAGAGAUACAGGACUGAGGUUGCAGCGAGCUCCAGCAGCUUGCUAUCGACAGUUGUUGCAUACCCUCUCGAUUCCGUGAAGACACGCCUGCAAGCCUACAAAUUCAACUCCUUCAGCGACUGCGUACGCCACACAUAUCAAACAGAGGGUGUGCAUGGAUUCUGGCGAGGUGUUUGGUCACCCCUGGCCAGCAUCACCCUCGUCCGAACUGUCUCUUUCUCGAUAUACCAGCGCUCCAAAUACACCGUCGACGACUGGAUAUAUCAGGCAACUGGCAGCUCGCCGCUCGUUACUGCCAAUACGAAAGGUGCAUGGCCUACGCUAUCAACGAUAACAUGCUUCGGUCUUGCAGGAGCCACUGCCGGUGCCACAAUCACGGCAAUCGCCUGCCCGUUUGAGUUGACAAAGCUGAGCGCCCAGAUCUCUGUGCUGAUGGCUGACCGCAACGACGGCUGCAAGCAAAAUGACGCGAUACGAAAGAGCUAUCAGAACCUAGGAACGAUUAAGACUGCGCAAAAUUUGGUCAGACAUCGAGGCUGGACUGGGCUGUAUUCUGGCUUUCAUUUGCACUUGCUUCGAGACUCGAUCGGCACCGGCAUCUACUUUGUCACGUAUGAAAGCGUGAAGCAGAUCCUUGCCAAUGCACGAGGCACUUCUCCUACACACCCACUAGCUGUGGUGAUUGCUGGAGGACUGUGCGGUCUUGUCAGCUGGGCUUGUAUCUUCCCUAUCGACACUGCCAAGAGUAUCUAUCAGCGCAACUGUCUUGUUGGCGGCAAAGACAAGCAGACUCGGCCAAAGAUCCAGUUCCUGAAUCCACGGAUGUACCGAGGUCUGGGGGUCUCUAUGUCUCGAUCGUGCGUUGUGAACGCCAUAUUCUUUACCGCAUUUGAGUUUACCAAGAAGCGCAUCAACCGUAUGGAUGUCGAUGAAGAGCUCCUGCGCCGACACGACGAGGGUGUUGAUUGA